AAAGUAACAAAUGUUUGCAGCGGGAAAAAUAACUUUCAUCAUAAAAAUCCUCAUGACUAAUAACGAACGAUACACGAUAUAUAUUUAGAGAUUCUGAAUAUAAUAAUGAGCCAAUUUAUUACAGUACAAGUUGGUCAAUGCGGGAAUCAAAUAGGUUCAGCUUUUUGGCCAUUAGCCUUGCAUGAAUAUGGUAUUCAGACUACUAGUGGUGGUGUAAAUUUACUCAAAGUACAACGAAAUCAUGUCAAGCACAUCAGUGAUCUGUCAGAUGCGCUUCCCAGUUUUUUUCACGUCCCAGUUAAUACAGAUAACUUGAAUUUCGAAAAUGUAGCCGACUUAAACAAGGCAAAAGUUAAAGCUAGACAGGCUGUUUUGAUAGAUAUGGAAGACAGUGUUGUAUCUAGAUUUAAGCAAGGUCCAUUGCGUCAGUUAUUUGACCAAACGUGUACUGUAACAAAUUAUCCAGGAUCUGGAAACAAUUGGGCAAUAGGAUAUCAUGUUCAUGGUAGAGAAUAUCAUGAUCGUAUAGAGGAAAGUAUAAGACGCGUGGUUGAAAAAUGUGAUCGACUUCAUGGGUUUCUAUUAAUGCAUUCCUUAGGAGGAGGUACUGGAUCUGGAUUAGGCACAGCAACCUUAAAACUAUUAAAAGAUUAUUACCCUCAUGUAGAAAGGAUCGUAUCAUGCGUAUAUCCAGCAAAUAUGCAAGAUACUAUAACCGCUCCUUACAAUACUUUACUUGCAACUCAUGAACUUAUAGAACAUGCUACAUGUGUACUUCCUGUAGAGAACAAGGCUCUUUUAGAUAUAUGUAAUAGUCAAAUGAAUAAAAAAGAAAAUACAAAUCAAAUGAAUUAUAACGCUUCGUGUAAACCAUUUCAAGAUAUGAACAGUAUUAUUGCCAAUAUGCUCUUACACUUGACCAGCGGAUCCAGAUUUCCAGGAAGUUUAAAUAUGGAUAUGAAUGAAGUGGCUACAAAUCUAGUACCUUAUCCAAGAUUACAUUAUAUAUUUAGUAGUGUCAGUCCUAUAACUUUAUCUGCUCCAAAUAUGUGCACCAUGCAAAAAACGAAGUUGCAAGAUGAAUUAUUUACUAAUGCAUGGUCGCGAAAUAAUCAACUAAUUAAAUUAGACCCUCUUCAGUCUACCUCUGUAGUUCUUGCUGCUGCACAUAUUGCAAGGGGAAAUACUACUUUAACUGAUAUAAAAAGAAAUGUUGAAAGAUUUCAAAACAAAUCAAAGUUUACUUCAUGGAGUAGGGAUUGUAUGAAAAUAGGAUUAUGUUCCAUUCCUCCAGCAGGACACUCUUCAUCAUUAUUGUGUCUUCUUAAUUCAUCUGCUAUGUCUUUAUUAUUUAAAGAUGUAAUUCAAGAGUUUUCUAAAUUAUAUAGGAAAAAGGCACACAUUCAUCACUAUACACAAAUACAUGGAUUUGAAGAAACACAUUUCAUUGAGAGCAAAGAAAAUAUUCUCAAUUUAUGUGAAUGCUAUACAGAAGUACAGAAUAUGAAAGAGACAAACAUUCCCAGAUUACAAGUAAUGUAAUAAAUUUAUAAAAAAGGAUUUUUAGAGAAAUG